GUGUCAAAAAAAUUUUUUUUUACCGUGACCGUACAGUAAAUGCGUAAAAAGGUCACAGCAUUUUAUGUUCUGUUCAACAAAAAAAAUAAGAAAUUAGAACUACAGUGUAGGGAAUGGCAUAUGAAUUCGCAAGACAUAACGACCCAUUCAAUAUUGUCUCAAGUAGAAGAUGAAAUAAUUGUUAGUGACACUGAUUUUGAGAAAACAAAGAAUGAUUUGAAUGAAAGAAUAAUAGAUCAAAACAAACAAACCGAUGGUAGCAACACAAACAACGAUCAUACAUCUUCCGCAUCACCUGCCCAAUUCAAUUUGACAAAUCAAAAAUUUUUUAAAAAUGAAGGCUCGCUACUUCGACUGUUUCAGUCGGAUUUUUUUGAUAUAUAUUUGCAUAUGUACUAUCUAUAUAACCGUUUAGAGCCUGGUAUACAAGACUAUUUAGUCAACCUUUUGUACUGCCGUACAAAAAAUGAAAUUUCUUUUUAUCUUCCUCAAUUAUGUACUCUAAGCGUUGUGCGUCGAAAAAAAUCCAAUCUAAGUCGAUUCCUAUUAUACAAAGCAGCAACAUCUAUGGAUUUCGCUCUGAAAAUAUCUUGGUGGUUUACUGCAUUAUCAGAUACUGCGAAUGAAGAAAUUCAAAGUAUUGCGCAUCAAUUGUACCAAGAAGUAGAAAUGGCUAUAGUUAAUUCAAAAGCUUCUAUAGCAAAUGGUUCUUCUAAACAACGUAUUUGCGAUUUUCAUGUUUCUGAUGUUUUUCAAAGAUUACGGGUUGUUACAUAUCUGGAAACAAAUCAGCUGUAUCAAAAUGGCGUUACCCAACCUCUUGAAAACACCUUACCGCCUCGCGCGAAUUGUGAAUGUAUAAGCAACGCUUCUUUGGCUCACACUACAAUGAAUUCACCUGCGAAUGAAAAGACGAUAAACGAAAAUUGUCAAAAUUUCAUUCCUCCAUCAAAUUUGAAUUUGAAUUUACCCACGUUUGAACCAUUGCACAAUAAAUCUCAAGAUAAAAUGCAAGACAGUUUCACUAAUGAAGAUAACCCGGGUGAACAGACAUUAAGCAAACCAUUUAAAAAUGCAGAGAAAAUUAAUAAUUUUUCACCAAACGAGUGUUUGUUAAGCAGUCCGGUAAAUUCAUUGGAAAUCAACGGAAACCUCGAAGAUAUAGCACAAGAACAUAACCGAAAUAAUAAAAGCAUGGCAACAACAUCAACUGUUGACAAUCUUUUGUUUUAUAAGUUGUCAAAAGAAACAAUUAAUGCAGAUUUCAUGAAUUCAACCGGAAUGCUAAAAUUACCUAAAUCUUCUUUAAGUUUUUCGAGUAUUGAAUCCAAGUUAGGGUGUCCCUUUAAAUCAAUUUUGUCUCCGGAUGUUAUAUCUAUGGAUAGUGAAAUGCAGCAGUAUAUUGCGAAACAAAUGCGAUGUGAUUAUUAUAAUUUGGUACAUUCCUUUAUCAAUACUCUUAUAGAGGUCAGCAUAUUACUGGUGCGAGAACCAAAUCGUUCUCUCCGUUCUCCUUUUCUUAAGCUGAUAUUGAAUGCAAUGAAUGAUUGGAUGUUUUCUAGACGUUGUAUGGUGGCUGUCUCAAAGGGAUCUUUUUCUAUGACAUGCCUUAGUAUUCCUUUCGAAAAAUUGACACCGUCUAUUUUCGCGAAAGGUUUUACUUUUGCACAGUCGCAUUCACUCCAAAUUCUUCGGUUCAUACCGGAAGAGUGUCGCGUGUUAUCAACAAAAAGGCGGGCUCCUUUUUUGCUUGUUUUUGAAAUAGCUGAUCUUGAUGAGGAUUUGCACCUUCUUGAAAGUCAACAAAAAACUGAUCAAGCUUUUCACGAAUGCAAUAGCAUCAAGAAAGAGACACCAUGUAUUGAAUGGAACGAUUUAUACGUCUAUAACAUGAUUUUAGAAGACGUGAAGAAACGCAAUUUGUAUACACCACCGUCAACCUUGCAAAUGGACGAGAACGGGCGGGAAUCAUCUCUACACGCUUUAAAACGAUGUAUGGGGGUUUACGAAAACGUUACUACCGAUAAAACUGAUAGCACGCCCUUACAGAAUAAAAGUAAAAAAGGUUUUGAUACGGCAGUGAAACUGAAUGAUCAAUUUGACUCUAACAAUUCAUCACAUACAUUUACAUCAUUUAACGAACCUGACACAUUGUCACCAGUUUCAUAUACUAGAAAAAAAAUACAUCAAAACAGCUCGAGCUCUUUAUCAAAUUGCGAGUAUCCUAAUAGUAGUGAAAGUAUGGAUGAUCCAUCAGUGUGUCAAUCCUCAAAGCGUUCAGAGAAUAAUUUUAAGGAAUUCCCUUUAAAACAUUCGAAUUUUUUCAAUUUUUCAAUUUUAAAAGAAUUGCAUUAUGAUGAUGAGCAAAAUUUAAGAGGUGUUAACACGAAUCCUUUAAUUAUUGCCGACGUUGCUACAGUAUUCAAAACAAAUUCGUCAACGUCUACCGAACCAGAUCAUCCCGAUUCCUCAAAACAUGGGUCGAAUCGAAGUAAACAAAACGAUAAAAAAGUAAUGUCUUUUAACAGUGCAACAGCAAGUCAUUAUGCAGCGAGUGCGAACUCAGUUCGCAAAAAUUUAUGGGGCACUCUUUGGGCUAAAAAAAAAAAAUACUAUAAAAAAAAGUCAGUUUUUGGUCGUUUAAAAUCGUGGGAUAUUGCUAGUGUGUUUAUCAAAGGUGGUGACGAUGUUAGACAAGAAGCUCUUGCAUCUCAAUUGAUUAAACAGUUCAAAUUUAUUUUUGUUGAAGCGAAUAUACCUUUGUAUCUUUACCCGUACGACGUGCUAGUAACCGGAUCCAAUGCUGGUAUUAUGGUAUUUGUUCCUGAUGCCAUUUCUUUGGAUUCUCUUAAAAAACGUUUAAUGGUUGAUUCUAUUGCAACUGUUUUUGAAUGUGCUUUUGCUGAUAAUAUUUACGCAGCAAAAAAAAAUUUCAUCGAAUCUCAUGCUGCCUAUUCUCUAGUGGGCUAUCUUCUUCAAGUUAAAGAUCGUCACAAUGGUAAUUACCUUUUAGAUGCGGAAGGUCAUAUUAUUCAUAUUGAUUAUGGUUAUAUGUUGUCUAAUUCCCCUGGAAGUGUCAAUUUCGAGUCAUCUCCGUUCAAAUUGACCACAGAAUUCAUUGAUAUUAUGGAUGGUGAAGAUUCGGACAACUUUGAAUAUUUUCGAAAGCUGAUUGUCCAAGGGUUUUUAGAAGUUCGUAAGCAUGCUGACCGGUUAUUUUUAAUUGUUGAAAUGAUGCUGUCGAUGCCUCAAAUGCCUUGCUUUUUAGCUGGAACUGAAGCGACGUUCUUGGCUUUAAAAAAACGCUUCAUGUUAAACUUAACAGAGGAAGUGUGCAUUCAAAAAGUUCAUGAACUUAUUGAUAUUUCCGUCAAUAAUUGGAGGUCUAUUCAUUAUGAUACUUUUCAAAGGCUUACAAACGGAAUAAUAUAAUGUUUUUUCAAACAUUAACUAAUUCGUUUUUGUUUUCCUGAGAAUACUAUUUAAUGUUGAUCUCUAUGGAUUUCGCCAACAAUUUGAAUUUCGCUUAACCACUGUUUGCUGAGAAAAAACUAAAUUUGAAACAAACAUUUUGCGAUUCAUAUUUGCAACCAAUCUUUAUUUUAAAACAUCUUUUGAAAAACUAUCGCUUUGUAAUGUUUUAACUGUUUUUGGUGAAUUCGAAAAUUGUA